CAAAAUUCGUCCCCCGUUAAUCUGUAAUUAUAAAAUAAUCUCAGAUUAUAACGAUAGUUUUCUCCAUACAACUCUGUGUUUUCUGUGUUAUCGAUAAUUAUUACUACGAAGUAAAGGAGAAACGUCAAAGUAAAAAGUAAACGAAAUGGACGCCGGCAAAGAAAAGAGAAAGAAGCGAUCGCAAUGGCAUAAAGAAGAAGUCGACCUUCUUCUGGAUUUGUGGGAGGAAAAGUUGCCGCAACUUCGAGGCUGCAAACGAAACUCCCAUGUAUAUGCGGACAUGGCAGUGGAAAUGGCCACAAGAGGCUUUGUAUUUUCCGCAAACGAAAUUCAAGUCAAAAUACAUAAUUUAACCAAUAAAUAUAGAGAUGAGAAAAAGAUUGUUGGGCCUUCAGGCGGCACACCAUCUGCGUGGGGGCACUACAACAAAGUGCACCAAAUCCUCGGCGCUACAAGUCCUUUAACUUGGAAGCAAUAGUGGAGGAGAGUACAGUUGAGACACUUGAAGUUGUGGUAGAUGAAGAGUGCUACAAUAGGCCCUCUGAAAUUGAAGCAACUUCUCCUUCGCCUGAAUUUUUAAUACUGGAGGAAUGUUCUUCAGAACCUCCGAAAAAGCGGAGGAAAAAAAAAGAAAAUGUUAAUUUCCAAGAUGAAUUUAUUGAAGAAUUUCGCGCGGCCAACCAAACAAUCGCUUUGGAAAUGAAAGAGCUGAAAGAGGAUAGCAAAGAAGCCCUGCAAAUUGAAAGGGAUCGGAAUGCUAUUCUCGAAAAAUUUCUAGAGGCUUUCAAACAAAAUAAGUAAUAAAAUUUCGGGUCAUUUCCAAAUUGCAGGAAGGAAAUAAAAGUGCCUUACUGUUUAAUUUAAGUGUCCUGCUUAAUGUUAUUUGGGGAUGAUCCUAAAUAAAAUUACUUAUUUUAUAAAUCUUUUUAUUUGGUAAAUUUAUUUAAAUAUAGUUGAUAGCUCAACGAAAACCGUGUAAAACAAAGUUCGGAAUUUUGUAGAAAAUUUAGAAAAAAUUAAAUUGUCCCCAAAAUACAAGUUUUUUAACAAGAAUUUUAUGAAAAUUUUAGGAAUGCUUGCAAUUUAUGUACAAGAAUUUAAAAUGGGCUAUAAAGCUUCAUUAAUAAAUUUGGUGAAAAUUUGAUUUUUCCUAAAUUUUCUACAAAGUUCAGAACUUGGUUUUACAGUUUUCGUUGAGCUAUCAACUAUAUUUAAAUAAUAAAUUUACCAAACAAAAAGAUUUAUAAAAAAGUAAUUUUAUUUAGGGUCAUCUCCAAAUAACAUUAAGGCGGACACUUAAAUUAAACAGUAAGGCACUUUUAUUUCCUUCCUGCAAUUUGGAAAUGGCCCGAAACUACACACUUGGCCAAAAGUAUUAGGUACCCCAAUAUAACACAUUUUUUUUUUUAAUUUUUCUUUUGUUUAUUUAAUGUUUAAUAUUUUUUUUAUAAACUCCUGGCUCACUAUUUAACAAAAAAACACAUACAUCCAAAUUCUAAACUUUGUGAAAAAAAUAUAACAGUUCUGCAAACUUUAACCAACAUUUCCAACUUUUUAUUCAGAAGGUUUGGAAAAAAUUAGGUAUGCAGUUUUGUAGCCCAUAAAAUUUUAGUAUACAUAGUAGUAUUUAGUAGUUAUUAAAGAAUCCCGUUCGUUUUUUACGAUUUUUUUCGUUGACGGUGUCAUAC